AUGUGUGGUGUGAAAACAACUAAAGAGUUGUUAGAAGAGAUCCAGUCGCGCGGCGCCUCAGCGCCCGCGCCCGCCGCGCCGCCCGAGUCCGUUGACAACGACGUCAUGCUCGUGGAGCCGGCGCCCUGCCCCAUCAAGGCGGACUCCCCUCUCCGCAACGGGGGCUCCCCCUCCCCGCCCGGCUCCCCCUUCGUCCCGCUCGAAGACGAGCGAGAAUACAGCGAGUGCACGUGCGGCGAGGAGCCGUCGCCGCGCUGUCCCGCCGCCGCCGCCGCGCGAGUGAGGCCGCACCACGUGACGGCGCUACACCACGCCUACCUGCCUGGGGUCAAUGGCACCAGGGCUCCGCUGUACCCGCACAAGUUCGCGGUGCGCGCGGCGGCGCGGGCGGACGACCCGUCGCUGUUCGCGUCCGUCGUCCCGCUGUACAACUACUCCGACUACGCCGACGACUACUGCGCUAAGAACAUGUACAAGGUGCCGAUCUGCGAGAGCAUACCAAUGUGUACGUUUGCGCCGCCGCCGCUGUCGCCGCCGCCGCCGCCGUCGCCGCCGCCGCCGCGGCCCUACCCGCUCGACCCCGACCCCGAUGCCCCGGGGAAAGGGGAGGGGGAGGAGAUGGACGUCGACCGCAGUCCGGAGAAGUGCCUUCUUGAGGAGACCUCGCCAAUAAAGUACGAGUCGAUCAAGAUCGAGCCGGAAGCGGUGGGCGCUCCGCCCUUAGAGCCGAGCGAGCGGCUGAAGGCCCCUCUGCUGGCCCCCGACGAGGCCCCCGCGGCCCCCGACCCCCCGGCCUGCCCCCCGCCAGCCAACCAGCCCCCCGCACACAGAACCGUCGAGAAGACGAAAGAAGAGCCCGAGUUAGACGGUCGCGCGUUGUACGACCAGUGUCGCCGCGCGAUCGAUUCAAUACCCUACGAUUACGCGCAGUUAAGAACAGCUCCGGAGAUAACGCUGCCUGUAGGAGUGGACAAUGAGGAGGAGGCCCAGGCGAUGGUGGAUAAUGAAUUGGAAGCGGAGAGGGAGGAUGAAAGGGACGAAUUGGGGAGGCCGGUGCGCCCGCGACGCUUCGCCGAGUGGCACGAGUGUGCUCGACUGGGGGGCCUGGUGGCGCUGCCUUAUGUCGUCAUCGACUGACGGCCCGGCCCCGCCCUACGUCAUCGACUGACGGCCCGGCCCCGCCCUACGUCGUCGACUGACGGCCCGGCCCCGCCCUACGUCAUCGACUGACGGCCCGGCCCCGCCCUACGUCAUCGACUGACGACCCGGCCCCGCCCUACGUCAUCGACUGACGACCCGGCCCCGCCCUACGUCAUCGACUGAGGCCGGCCCCGCCCCGCCCAUGUGAUUUGCUCAAUGUGAUGUGAUUAAGUUAGCCGUAAGCCCCGAAGUGAUUAUUGUGAUUGUUCGUUUGCAGUUCUUGGUUUUUGUUUUGUGACGUUACCGGAAUUCGAUGAGCUUGAAAUACAAGGUUAUAGUUAGAAUGUAUGAA